CAUCUUCGAGAGUCCAAAAUCCAAAUGAUCCAAAUUCCUCUGAAAAAAAAAAAAAACAGUCAAAACCCUAGCGGGCUUGGAACGAACACGUUUCCAACAAGCUCCGAAACAAAAAUCCAGAGGAAAUUCUCAAUAAAUGGCCAAUUCACUUGUAAAGCAAACCCUAAACUAUCUCAAAAGGAACCCCAAAUUUCUCACACCACUCUCAUCCCAGUCCCACACGCGUUUCUUCACCAGCUCCAUCGCCACCGCCGAUGACCCUCAAUUUGACGACCCUUCUUCUUCCUUCACGUUCUCACCCGAAGGUCAAGAAGAUGGCAAUAGCAAUAACAACACCAACAAAAGCGACAGAGAUGACAGAAUUUACGUCAAGGCGCCGAGCUCGAAGCCCGAGACGGCGUCUUCUGUAACGAUGCCGAUGUCCUUCGUGACAGGGUCCACAGUGGGGAGGAGGUUCUACAAGGACGUGAAGUUAAGAGAAGCCGAUGGUGGUAUUGGGUGGACGGUAAUGCUUGAUUAUCGGACGCUUAAGACGCCCUCCAAGAGGCCCCUCAAGCUCCCUACAUUGCCUCUCGCUAAGGCCAUUGCUGCUGAGUGGGAAUACCAGCAAAUAGAUGGGAUCAGACCCUUCACAAUGCCUCUAAUGAGACUUGCUUGUACUGCACUGGAAAGAGUUCCACUCAACCGAGCAAAGAUUAUUGAAUAUUUGUUGAAGAAAUUUAACCAAGAUUUGGUCUUCUGUCGAGCACCGGAAGAUAAUGAUCUGACACGUGGCGUCUAUGAAUCUCAAGUGCAGAAAAUCGAUCCUUUACUUGGUUGGGUAGAGUCUGAAUUUGGCUUUAAGCCUAUCGUCUACACCAGCUUUUUUGGUGGGAAGCAGGAAGAUGGUCUCAUAAAGGCCAUAGAUAACCUUCUGAAGAAAACAGAUGACUGUGAAUUGGCAGCAAUUGAUGCUAUUGCAGCUGCAGCACAUUCUUUGAUUAUUGCAGUUGGAAUCUCUCGUGGGAAAUUGCAAAUUGAGGAAGCGAUUGAAUUGAUUAGACUUGAAGAAGAUUUGCAGAUGGACAGGUGGGGUCUUGUUGAAGGUGGACAUGAUCUGGAUAUUGCCGAUCUUAGGGUACAAAUCUCUUCUGCUGCUGUAUUUCUUGGUCUUUCUAGGAGGAUAUAACCCCCCCUACACUUUUUACUUUGUCCAUUAAUGUUUUAAGAGCCAUCUUUUAAGCUAGUUUCAGUUCCUUGUUUGUUGUAAAUCUUGACAACUUAGGGCAUGUAAUGCUCAGAGAUUUUGUUGUGGUGGCUGAAAUAAAUGACAUUGUAAUCUCACCAUUCUUCUAAAUAACAGAGAGAAUUCCUUGUGCAA